UGUAUGUAAUUAAAUCAAAACCAUCAACAUUAAUAAAAACUGUUGCACAGAGGCCAUCAAUUGUUACAAAAACCAAUUCACUAGCUACAGUUCCAACGGAUAAAUCUGGAGCAUCUAAAUCAAACGAAUAUACUGGUUGUUAUGAUGCAACGUGUUUCCAUGUGCAAAAGCUAGCGGGCUUGUUUGUGAUAGUAGGUUUAGAGUAUGAUAAAAUCAAAUAUAAUUGGCUGCUUCAAGAGCCUUAUCUGCCAUUUUGAUGGACGUCAAUGGAUGGGGAAUGAAUUCCUAAAAAAAAAAAAUCUGCGACACCCAAAGAUGAUAUGAAAAUAUAUUUUAUAACCCCUGUGGAUAGGAAAUUUGUAACUUGUGCGUUGACAGAUGAUAUGAAAAUAGUAUCAAUGAUCUUAUGCUUACAAAUUUAAAAGCUACAGCCUAGAGCUAGGAAGAAGAAGAUAGGUAUGAUACUAUGAUUUGGGACAGAAAUUUAUACAGAGGUGGAAAUAUAUAUGAUUCAAGGUUAUGAACUUCAAAAGUAGUAAUGCUAUUAGGAACAUUCUGACAGAUUUAAGAAUAUGUUAAUUAUAUCAGGAACAAUGGAACACAAUCAUUGUUGAGGACGAUUUCAGGUUCAUUUCUCAGAAUGGACAGAAUUCCUGUAGGAUGGUGGAUACCCAGUGACCCGACACCCCCUAAGCCUUUUGUGGGAGGGUCUUUGCAGACCUUGGACAACGCCUUCACUUGGGCACAAUAUGUCUUUUUCUAUUUUUCCUUUCUAUGUUACCUUCACAAUGACUUACUAAUUUGUGAAUUAUGGACUUAUGGUGUUAUUUGUGUGUGUCGAACCUGCAGGAAAUAUGGUAACCAGGUUAUAGUUGACCUGCACGCAGCACCCGGUUCACAAAAUGGGAAUGAACACAGUGGGACUAGAGAUGGAUAUCUUGAAUGGGGGAAAACUGAUGCUACUGUACAACAGAGUGUUGCUGUUAUCCACUUCUUAGCUUCCAGGUUGGUCAUGUUGUGGUAGUGGAUAUAUCAGCAGCAAAACUUGAGGAAGGUGGUAAAGGUUCUCAAAAGAUUCCAUCUCUCGAGA